CUCAAAACACACGAUGUUGGGCCGAGAGUCCAAGCCCCCGCAAUAAAUUCGAAUACUGUGUCGUUUCAUGAUCCGACUCAACCACCCAUCUCGAUCUUUCCAAGGCUGACGUAAUAAAUAAUAAUGUUUUUUUUUUUUGGUAGAGAAGGUAAUAAUGUCCUCCUCAGCUAUAAAUACACCGGAUUAUAUAAGCCCUCCUGUUCUUGCCCAAAGCCACACAGCUGGUUGCAGAAAUUAGGGUUUUCAGGUCCUCUUCUUCUUCGUUCUUCAAUUGCCAGAGCCAUGGGAGGAGGCAACGGUCAGAAGGCCAAGAUGGCACGUGAGAAGGCCCAGGAGAAGGCCAAAAACGCUGGAAAGGGAAGCCAGCUUGAAACUAACAAGAAAGCCAUGUCAAUCCAGUGCAAGGUGUGUAUGCAAACAUUUAUGUGUACCACCUCGGAGGUGAAGUGCAGGGAACAUGCUGAAGCAAAGCAUCCCAAGUCAGAUGUGUACGCCUGUUUCCCCCAUCUCAAGCCGUGAAGAAACAAACAUCUGGAGAAGAAAGUUGGUGCUUGCUGGAACAGAAUGUUAUCAAUGUUAUUCCGCUAUGUAUAUUUUCUAGAAUGAUUCUCCUGAGAGUUUUUCUAGAUCAAUAGCUAUUUAAGGAAAGUGUUCAUGUGUUGUGGGAGUGUUUGGGGGAGGUAUCCCCUCGUUUAACUAAGCUUGGUCUUAAUGAUCAUGACAAUUGGUAUUAAUCUUCAAAAAGCCAGUGUUUACAUGAAUCCAUUGUUUGGUUUCUCUGUUUUUCCAUUGUUUGGUUUCUCUGUUUGGUUACACACCAUCUCAGAAAGUUGCAUCGUACACAGACUACCUACGUCGUUAGGAGUGUCAGCCAUGUGUGGUGGUACAAAAUUCUAUUCAUGUUUUGAAACUAUGGUGAAUUUAUUUAGUACACAAAUC